AUGGCAUCCAGAAGAUUAUCACUACUAUGGACGCGUGAGGCUUGCGGGUCUCAGCGCCUCUGUCUUUCAGGCAGCCGUCUCCCAACCCUGGCAUCCGCCAUUCGGGCAUCUCCAGUGAACCCGAUCAUCGCCAGGUCAUAUGCUCAAGGCAAGGUGUCUAACCUAGCCAAGAAUUUCCGGCGGCCGGGAAAUGCCGCAGAGACCUAUGUUGCCUAUGGUAUGACGCAGAAGCUGUUCGAGUCCUGUUCCACCCAAGCCGACUACAAGAUCCCCCAAGCGUCGCAAAAGGGCGUGGAAGUGCCCAAGACAGAGGCAGGAGAGGAUCUGGGUGUGGGUGAGAGCUGGUGGUAUACAGAGCUCGGCCUCAAACCAACCUUUGCCACUUGGUCCCAGGUCACUCUGCUUCAUAUGUACCUGUUGACUGUUCGUCUCCGUGCCCUCCCCUACCGUGACAGCGUCACUACCUACUCUCGCCACCUGAUUGAUCACUUUUCGCACGAAGCCGAGCACCGCAUGGACGUGUACCACGACCUGGGUAGUCGCACUAUUCGCAACAAAUACUUGAAGGAUCUCUUCAUCCAAUGGCGUGGAAUCAUUGCCGCAUAUGAUGAGGGGUUGGCUAAGGGUGACGCAGUGCUGGGCGCUGCUGUCUGGAGGAACCUUUGGAAGGGUGGCCAGACUGGACCGGAUGGAGAAGAAAUCGACUGGGCCAAGGUCGCGCAGGUGGUGGUCUACAUGCGCCGAAACUUAGCAGAGCUAGCGAAGAAGGAAGAGGUUGAUCUUGUCUUUGCGCUGGGCGACAAGAAGGAUGCCGGUAUCUUCCAGUACUCCGAGUCGGAUCGGAAGCUUGUUGGAAGCCAGUAA